CGGUCUCACACAAAGUUUAGAGGAUGAGAGGGAAGCAGAGCAGAGAGCAGAGGCAAACGCAAACACAGCGUGGAUCGGUGUGAGUACGGAGGGAAACGACACAGUGUGAUUUAUGCUUGUUUCCUCCACCCCCCUCUCUGUGCAUGGAUGUGCCUGUCACUGAGGCUGUUUGUGCUGCAAAUGCACCAAUAGAGUGACUUCACUCUCAGGCCGCUCUGUUCACUCUUCUCAAUACCCCAUGGUGUGGGCCAUUGUUUAGAGAGGUGAACGAGGUCGGGCAUCCCCUCAGUGUUCUGAGAAAGAGCUAUCUGGGCUUCCUCCUUCCUCCUGCGGGCCGUCCUGUAUCACGUGUCCAGACUGCAUUCAACAGGAUCUACACGUCCUACACUGUGAAUGAGGAGGAGAAGUGAUGCCUCAAGAUAGCUGUUGCAGAUUUUGCAGCAGGGGGUUAUAUAGCUGCAACUGGAAGCACCGAAGUGAAACUAAUAAUAGGAGAAAAUGUGCAUGCUGCUGGUUCUCAGUGGUCACUCUGGUGUCCCUGCUCUCCCUGUGCUGGCUCUACAUCUGUCUGGUUACUUUUAAUGACCGAGAGGAUGUUAACUGGAAGGGCUUCGCAAAACUGAAGCGAUGGGUGAACUGGUUCAUGGUGCUUGUCGUCAUUUCGGCAGUGAUAACCAGCUACUGCGUCCUGCUGCUGCUCUUUGCACUCUUCCAAGUUGCCUUAAGGGAACCGCUCAACUUACACUGGCUGCACAAGAUCUUCUUAUUUUUUGGUGCGUUAUUCAUCGCUCUCGGGAUCACAGGAAUUAGUCUCCAGUGGCGAGAAGAAUGGCCAACGGUUUAUCUCUCACUCCAGGCCACAGCUCCUUUCUUGCAGUUUGGUGCUGUUGGGGCGUUGACUCUGCUGAGCUUGUUCGUCUUCCAGGGCUUCCGUGUGGCCACGGGAAAAUGGUCUAAGUUCCUGAUCGCAGCGAUGUUUGUAGCCGUGUCCACCGCCAUCUUCCUGUGUCCCCUGAUCAUCCAGUCUCCUUGUUUGAUAGAGCGGAGCAAGUUACCUGAAAAACCAAAGCUCAUUGGUCACAGAGGCGCACCGAUGCUGGCCCCUGAGAACACCAUGAUGUCAUUCAACAGGAGCAUCGCGUGUGGCGUGACAGCCUUUGAGACAGACGUACAGGUCAGUAAAGACAGAGUUCCCAUCUUGAUGCAUGAUCAUAACUUUUCCGGGUUCUUGCUAAGAACGACAGACGUUAAAGAGAAGUUCCCCGACGCAGACUUCAGCUACAGCAGCAACCUGACCUGGGAAGAACUACAGAGUCUGAAUGCAGGCGAAUGGUUCCUAAAGACAGAUCCUUUCCACACAGUGUCCAUGCUCUCCGAAGAGGAGAGGGAAACAGCCAGGAACCAGACCAUACCGUCCUUACUCGAGCUCCUCGACCUCGCCAAGCAGCACAACAUCUCAGUGAUAUUUGACCUAUAUAGUCCUGAGGAGAAUGACACACUGGACACAGUCAACACUAUUCUGAGUUCUGGCAUCGACCCAGGCCUGAUCCUCUGGCUUCCUUCAGCAGAAAGAGAAUAUGUACAUAAGACUGCUCCAGGCUUCACCCAGGUCUAUAACAACGAAAGUGAUUUGCCUAUCGAAGGAGGUGGCCACUUGAAUGUGAAAUACAGCAAAUUAAGUACAGAAGAAAUCAGGGAUCAUCGGAGCAGGAACGUUACAGUGAACCUGUGGGUGGUUAAUGAGCGUUGGCUGUUCUCUCUGCUGUGGUGUGCGGGGGCCAGCUCUGUUACCACCAACUCCUGCCACCUCCUAAAAAAGAUGGAGCAGCCUGACUGGGUCAUGUCACGUCUUACAUACACAAUAAUAUGGAUUGCAGUGGACAUUACAUCUAUUCUGAUAAUGGCUGGACUCUACAUCUGCCAGUGGAAAACACAUCACAGGAAUCGCAGCAGAGGUAGCUCACCAGACUCCAGCAGAUUUUCUGCCCCGACCUACCGCCUUGUCAGCACUGACUGAAUGGUUUGGACCUAAAUCAGGAAGAGAGCAAGUUAAUGUGAAUAACCAUACACUGUGUUUUCAAAGCCAUGAAAAAAUGAAAAUGUUUUUUUUUCAAGAGGCACUGUGCCACUGGAUGGCAGUUUAACUUUUUUAUUUUUUGUAUAAGUCUAACUGGUUAACUGGGUUUUAAUCGUUCUUCUGUUGCUACUGAAAGUAUGAAGCUUUUCUCUGAUUGUAUCUAUGUGUAGAUCUGCACUGGAUUUCCUUUUGGCACUGUGUCAUUUUAUGUUGUUUCACUCUGUUGUUGUUUUUUCAGUUUAUUACAAUUUUUUUAUUCAUGGUGUCAUCACUGCAGUUAAGAUGUGUGUCUACUGUAACCUGAGCCAAGAGCAUUACAACUAUUUUCUACACUG